CCCAAACCACCAUAUAAUCAAUAAAAUUAUAAUUCCGUUGACCUUAUUUUACCCCCCUUCCGAUUCAGUUGAUUUGAGCUUUGGUGGAUGAUUCUAGAUAUGGCAAUCACCAUCCAUAUCCCAUCCCCUUCUCCGCCGUCAUUUUCCGCGCCGCACGCCUCCGCAAGCCUCCGCCGUGAGCAAAUUCACGGCGGCGCCGCCUUCCCUGUAAAAUUCCCCCGCCGCCGCCCCCCCGCCCUUCGCUCGCUCCGUGUUAAUUGCCAGCUAGCGGACCAACGAGUAACACCUCCGGCGGCGACUCCGGCCAAGACGAGUAGAAUUAGUAGGCCUUUGUUGUCGGUGUCGGAGACAACCUCGGAGGCGGAGCUGUGGGCCGCCGUGUGCCUCCGCGUACGGACGUUCUACGACUUCAAGGAACCCACGUUCGGCAUCGAAGAUCAUAAAAAGUACUUGGUUGAGCGCGAAUUCGAAGCGCUGAAAGAACGAGUAUCGGGAUUGAGAAAGGGCUUCAGAAAAGUUUCUUGCAUCAAUGCUACUUUGCCAAUCUCAUUAGUUCUUAAUAUCUCCGAAGAAUUGUCCGCUUCUUGCAAAUUUUCUCAAAAUGGAGCAGAUCGAGUUGUUGUUGGGACAUUAGAUCUGAACCAGUGCCUUAGCCUUCCGGAUGAAAUGAUAGGAACGAAGCCUAAGGGAAUUGGAGCUGAUUUUGCACGGGCAUACAUUAGCAAUGUAUGCGUGGCUGAAGAAUUGCAACGGAACGGUUUGGGCUACGAGCUUAUUGCAGACGCAAAAAGGGUCGCUCAAGAAUGGGGAAUAAGCGACUUAUACGUGCAUGUGGCUGUGGAUAAUGAAGCAGCUAAGAAACUGUACAUAAAAAGUGGUUUUACGAUAGAGAGCGACGAACCUGCAUGGCAAGCCCGAUUUUUGGAUCGGCCAAGAAGGCUUCUUUUGUGGACUGCUCUUCCUAUCCCGUACGAAUUGUAAUAACCUUAAAUGUCGUCAUAAUUAAGACAUACACACAUUUUUUUGCUUUCUAUAUAUAGUGUCUUUUGUAAAUUACAUUCUUGUAUCAUGUCCUGUACAUGAACGACGAAUUAUAUUGUUACGUUAAUAAUUGAAAUUGCCUCACGGUUUUCAAGAAGAAUCAA